CUGUUUGUCCUUGCAUGUCGAGCUUUUAUAAAUCUGAGGUGGCCAACAUACUAUUUAAACAAUUUUCUACAGUUUUCUCAGUCACCUCACUUUUCGAAUCAUCCUCCAUGAAUCGAUUCAGGUGUGUUGGAGCACAAAACAACAACAACAACAACAACAAAAAACCACAAAAGAAAACCGACACAACGAACGAAUCAAACCGCAGAGUCUACUGCAAAAAGAUUCGAAUCAGUGAAGUGAAUCACAGACAUGGGGGCGUGGCCUGUCUACUCGCUUCCUGCCCACUUUCAGUUAAAACGGUGCGCGCACGCGUCGCAGUUUCUGUCGGUCCCGGUAUGAGCUGUGGAUUUUCUCUAUCUGCAGUUUACUUUUGCUUUGUUUUUGUUUUUCUCUCUCUCUCUCCAAGGAUUCAGACAGCCUACAAUUAUCCCGACUGAACUGCACUUUACGCAAAAAUAAAUAAAUAAAUAAAAACAAAUAAAAAUAGAGCAACAACUGGAAAUUCACAAGAUUACCUGAUUAUAGAAAUGCCUCCCGGGUAUGUUUUAUUAAACAUAUCCGCACGAAAGCUGCGGAAGCGGAAACGAGGGUUAUAUAUGGCGCAAGGGGCAUCGUUUGCAGCGCUCCUGGGUCUGUGGCUCCUCUCGUGUCCUGUGAAAUGCUGGAGCAGCGGCGGAUUUCAAGGCGCCGUUCCUCAUCACGUGAAACUCAGCCCAGUCUCCUGGGAGCAGACAGAGCAGCCUGCACCGAGCUGGUCCGCCACAGGAACGUCUGCGCAGGCACAGGAGGUGCUCGGCUCCAGCCAGGAGGCUCUGCAUGUGACCGAGCGCCACUACCUGAAGCGGGACUGGUGCAAGACGCAGCCGUUGAAGCAGACGCUGCAGGAAGAGGGCUGCAUCAGCCGCACCAUCAUCAACAGCUUCUGCUACGGCCAGUGCAACUCCUUUUACAUCCCGCGGCACGUCUACCAAGAAGAAAGCGCCUUCCAGUCCUGCUCGUUCUGCAAACCAAAAACGUUCACCGUCGUCACUUACACGCUGAUCUGCCCGAGUCAGAUCCCGAGAAUCAGACGGAAACACGUGCGGCGCGUCAAACAGUGCCGCUGUACUUCCAUAGACUUGGAUUAAUACCGACCGCACAAAGUUACGUUUUUGCUUUCCCACGUGGCUGAUUAUGAAAAACUACACACACACACACACACACACACACACACACACACACACACACACACACACACACACAAAGUCCAUGUUAUUCUGUAGGUUUACUUCCAUGCACAAAAAACAAAACAAAAACAAAACAGCACUAAACUCUACCUUUUCUUGUUGAUGGGAGUGGUGCCCUUAAGAGUCUGUGUUUUGUACCCUUAAAUGUCUCCUUUUUUUAAAUUUGGAACCACGGAUAUAUAAGGAACAACCUUUAUGGUUGAUCAAUGAUAUUAAUGAUAUCAAUGGACCCGAAUGCACAUCAUUUUAGAGUGAAGUUUUACACUACAUGCAUCUUUCUAGGCACACUAAAAGUACAAAUGAUGCACCCCUGAGGGUACCCAGCGAAAAGGAAAGGUACGGUAUAGUACCGCUUUUUCUGAGUGAAUAUUUAAAGGGCAAAUCGUGGACCGUAGUCAGUGACCGUUCAUAACGCAGGCUGUUCAUUUAACCAGUAUAUUAAUUCAGCAGUAUUGGCGUAUUUUAGGAAACGACCACCAUUAUUUCUCAUGAGGGUCUAUUGGAGCUCCCCUCACAGGCCUCACAUUAUUCUGUUCUCUGUGCAAAUGCAGCCUCUAUAUCAUUUUCUUGAAAAUGCAUUAGUCUCUUCCAGUCCAGAUCCCUCGAGAAGGAAGCCCUAGGUAUUCUGUUCCACUUAUUCCCCCUGCUCUUAUUCCACCGUAGCUACCGCCAUUUCCGCCCGGCUUUCUUAAUGCCAUCGCUGCCGUAAAGUCUUCAGAGUGUUCAUUUUCUUGAAUGCAAACGUGUGGUGGGUUUUGUAAUGCAUGCUGGGCUUACUGUUGCACGAACCUGGCUUUUAGUAACACGGGCGUGGGUCAUGAUUUGUGUGCAAAGUUUAUUUUCAUCAAAUGUAAAUAGAUGGAAUUCCAACAGCGAGUGAAAAAUCCUGUCAGUCUCCACUAUGUGGACGAAGGCUUCCUGAACGAUGAAAAGAAAAAGAUUCCUUUGUGUACAUAAUGUAUUUUAAUAAAUCUGAACGCUGCAAAAAAAACCAAAACCAAACAACUGUAUUUUGAAUUUCGAAAUUAAUAUGGAUAUUUAUUUCCUUCAGUUUUGUAUUUGGAUUUCUGAACUACGCCGCCUCUCGUUGCUACUAAAAUCUGAUUCGUCCUUUCCAAACAGCAUCUUUAAAAUAAAAAAAGAUUACGAAAUCAGUAAGUUACAAACCAAAUGUCCAUUUUCAAAUGUUUACUUUAUGUACAGUAUCACGGGACUAUCACUUUUUAUACUGUGAUUGUAUUUCAGUGUUUUAUCCAUCAGAAAUACAAUAUACUCAACGUACAAAAUAAAGACGUAUUUUGUUGUCUGUA